AUGAAGGCGACAUCAUUUCUUCCUCUUCUCCCUAUUGCCUCCAGCCUGGUCACCACACACGAGGAGACCAAUCCUUGGCAGCCCGGGGAGCCCAGAUGGCUCAUGUACAAUUUCCACUAUACAGGGAGCGGAGAGCAGGAGGACGCAUUGUUCUUCAAUCUCACCAGCGACCCAGGAUCCUUUGAGACUCCCGUCAGAGCUGAAUGCGAGAUAUUAAGGGCUUGGCAAUAUUGGCAGCCGUGCUCGAUUUGGAUCGCGGGAUCGGCCGACGGGAACCGAGGCGUCUGGGUCAUGCCGCUGCCCACGAGCACCGCGAUCAACAUCCAGAUCAGGCACUCCUUCGUACAGAAGUCUGACAAUAUUCACACUUUCUACAACAUGACAGGCAGUUACAGCGCAAAUUGGCAGGGAGUAACGUCUCCGACAGAUCCAACCGUCUACCCCCUGAAGGAAGAGCAUUUUCAGCUCAUUUUUCCAGAACCUGGGAAUACUCAUUGA